AUGCCGCCAAGUAGCUGGGCUGCAGUUCGAAAGAAAAGAACCCUCUCCAAUGAGAAGGGAUCAGGAGGGCAGUUAUUUAUCUCCCUGAACUGGGUUGUGGGAAGCCCGUGUCAGUCUCUUCCUGCCCGGCUGGCGGCCUCUAUAACUUCGGCCUCUGUUUUCUGCGUCUACCUGUCCAUCUCCCUUCUCUCAACCCGUGUAUGGUUCCAGAACCGCCGUGCUAAGUGGAAGAAGCGCAAGAAGACGACGAACGUGUUUCGAGCUCCCGGGACGCUGCUGCCCACUCCCGGCCUGCCGCAGUUCCCCUCGGCCGCCGCCGCCGCCGCCGCCGCGAUGGGGGAUAGCUUGUGCUCCUUCCACGCCAAUGACACCCGCUGGGCAGCUGCUGCAAUGCCGGGGGUGUCGCAGCUGCCGCUGCCGCCGGCGCUGGGCAGACAGCAGGCCAUGGCGCAGUCCCUGUCCCAGUGCAGUCUGGCGGCCGGGCCCCCGCCCAACUCCAUGGGCCUGUCCAACAGCCUGGCGGGUUCCAACGGCGCUGGGCUGCAGUCUCACCUCUACCAGCCCGCCUUUCCCGGUAUGGUGCCCGCCUCCUUACCCGGCCCGAGCAAUGUCACGGGCUCUCCUCAACUCUGCAGCUCCCCGGACAGCAGCGACGUGUGGCGGGGCACGAGCAUCGCGUCCCUUCGCCGCAAAGCGCUAGAGCACACAGUCUCCAUGAGCUUCACCUAA